AUGGUGCAGGUGGCGCUCAUCUUCCUGGCACAAGGCCCCAUACACCUUGAGCCGAUCUGGCGAGCUUUUCUGGAAGCAGCAUCAAGAGUAGAGUUGAAAGUUGAUUUGGAAGCCCCCCCAGCUAUCAGUCUCAACGAACUUGUUGGUGGGGAGUUGAAACCUGCACUGGACGUGCUCCCAAGAGAAGAAUACCCAGCAUACAUCAUCCAGAAAAAGCGGAAAGAAGCUAUGCAUGCUGGCACGCAUCGGUCCUUGCAACAGAGGAGGAGACUGCAGAGGCGAGGGCCACAGGGUCCUGGGCAAGUGGACAUUGGCAAGAGUGAAGAGGACAGUCAAGAGUGCUGGGCCACCAAUGCAACAGUGCUUGCUUCUGAAGUUGAAAGGCUGCUUUCAGCGACGACUGGAGGUGAGGACGUCGCACAGAGACAGAAAUUGUUCACGCUGUAUGUCAAUGCACCUGAGGGUCACCACUACCAUGAAGGCAGUGUGUUUCACGGCAGGAAGAUUCCUAACCCGGUGGACACCGAAGGGGCAUACGCGGAGUUCAUUCUUGUCGAGGCACAGCUGAGGCUGCUGGAAGAGGCGCUGCUGGACCCACUGAAUGCAAAGUUUGUGAUGCUGUCGGACUCGACCAUCCCUGUGCACCGGCCAGAGAUUGUGUACCUGCAGCUGAUACACGAGGACAAGAGCCGCAUCAAUGCAUGCCAGGCGAAAGAUACCGAAAGAUGGAGACUGAAUCCGCAAAGGUGGGAUGGGAAAAUGAAGACCGACUACUUGAACAUCUCGCAUUGGCGGAAGAGCUCUUUCUGGAAUGCUCUGAGGCGAGACCAUGCAGAGCUUGCUCUGGCUGACAGGCACGUCAGCGAGCAGUUCAGGCGAUAUUGCUACUCCAUGAAUAGAGUCUUGCCAGGCUUCACAAAUGACCUGAAGUCUAGGACGUGCAUCGCUGAUGAGCACUUCAUACCAACCCUGCUGGCCUCGUAUGGACUAGAACAACAG